GGUGGCACCAUGUCCAAUACGUGUCAAUGCUGGCAGGGCGAUAACCUGCAGUUUAGCACUGCGCAGCCGUUUCGGCCGAUGGGUGGGCGCAGGGUUGGCUCGUGAUUUGCUCGAUGCUUUGCCAUAUCACCACCGGCUUGUAGCCAGGCGCUGUAGAUGGCGGUAGCCGCCGGCAUUGGAGCUACCACCGCGGCUGGCGGGCUCAUGGGUGCCGCGGUGUACGUGUGCGGCUGCUGCGACCCGCUGUCGUGGAGGCGGGACGCGAAGGUGUUGCCUUCCAUCCCCGAGGACGCCGACUGGUGCGACAUUUUCUGCAAGGCGCGCUGCGCCCUCGGAGAGCACCGUCCCCAGCUGGGAGGUUCAGCCGCUUGCGGCACGUCCCGCCACUGUGCCAGGCCAUCAUUCCGGGUGGCGACUGUUCGAGGUGCUGGUGCUGGUUGCCAGAUUGCGAUGUUAAUGGCUUGAAUCCAGCUAGCGUUUUCCGCGAAUGGCUCGCCGUGCGUUCGAACAUUUGCAUUGAUUCAGUAGCUCGUUUCUGCGCAACAGGGACAUCUGUUGAGCCAGUUUCCCCAGACCUGUGGCGCAAAGCUGUGGCGUCAUUCUUCCCGGGUGCACGGGA